AUUGCAACAAAAUACCCACAAUUCUCCUGCACAGUGGCGAACAGAGGGCAGUCAGAGGUGUUGUAAAUAUUUAUGCCAACUCUCCGAGUUAUUCAGCGGGUUCAUAGCAAGCCAGUGGAUUCGAUACUGUAAGUUUAGGUAAAGAAACGCAUUGCGUGGUUACCAUGGCGUUAGUGGCAUAUGGGAGUAGCGGCGAGAGCGGCAGCGAUUCUGACGAUGAGGAGGCUCAGCGCCCUCCCCCCUCCCUCGGCGCUGUGACAACAUCCAAGCCAACAGCUACCAGGUCAACUCUCGGGCUCCCUCCUCCGAAAAACAUUAGAUCUGGAGAAGGAAGUGGGAUGCGGCCAUUUGUUUCCGAGAAUAAAGAUGUAGAAGCCAAGAGAAAGGGCAGGAUUGGGCUUCAGCUUCCUCCUCCAAAGACGCAGAACGCAGAUCAGAACGCACCGAAGGCCUCCAGGUCGUCUCUUUUCUCCACACUCCCUCCUCCCAAGUCUUCAAACACAACAGCAGGCGUGCAGUCUUCACAUGAGACAGGCAACAAAAGCAAACGCGGGUCACUUGUAGGGCCCAAAAGGAGAGAACCUAUCAAAAUCGCCAUCCCUGCUUUACCAGAGCCAGACUCAGAUGAGGAGGAUGAACCAGUACCAAAGAAACAGAAGGCAUCAGUACAGGGCAGUGGUUUGGCAUCUCUCCUCCCAGCCCCUAAAGGCAGUGCAGCUGCCUCCAUCUUCAGCAAGAAGUCAGUAGCUUCAUCAACAAUAACAACAACAACAUCAUCCAACACGAAAGAGAACACUACCAUAUUCAACAAGAAAGAGGACUUCGUCCCAUAUACCCUUACAAAGCAGAAGCCUCCAAGUACUACUGCUGGCAUGUCUUCUACUAAAACACAAUUUCAGAAUUCUACAGCGUCUCCAUCCACGGCAGUAUCCAAGAAGAAAAAUCCCGUCGGAGUUGGUCCUGCGGAACCCAUACAGACAGCAUCUGCAGCAAAACUUGCCAAACUCAACAUGUUGAAAAAACUCACGAAGGAAGAAGAAAGUGCAAAGGAUGAUGGUAGUGAUGAUGAGGACCAGUCGACAAACUUCUUUUCUCUUGGAGACUCAAAAGAUGCAGAUGCCGGACUUGCCGACCCAAGCCCAGGCCCAGUUCCAUUUUCUGUAGAACCCACGCUGAACUACAGCACUGCUCCAGGUUAUUCAAGUUCAGUGUCAACGAGUUCAACGUUCUCAGGUCCAUAUGUGGACCCUAACCAGUACAACCAAUACAGUGAGGCAGGUGCCUACAUGCAGUACAACCAACCGUACGACUACUCAGACUACAAUCAGCAGCCUUGCAAUGAUGGCGCAGAGCAGGAGGGUUCCAGUCAGCAGCAGCUCCCAUCACAGCCUGUAGCGGGGCCGUAUGUCCAGGAUGAAAUGUUUGUGAGGAUGCAGGGAAAGAAAAACCGUGGCGAGGAAAUCAAAAUCAUUGACGUCCACGAGGAUAGUCAGCGUGCCAAGAUGGAAGACUGGAAAGUACAGAUGGACGCAGAGGAAAGGGAGUUCAUGCUGUCACGCUCAAAGAAAUCGGGAAAGCUGCCAUCUCGCCAACAGAGGAAUAAACACCAGAUCACGUACCUUGCCUUCCAGGCAAAGGAGAGAGAACUGGAGUUGAAGAACCAGUGGUCACAAAAUAGGAUGACAAAAAGACAGACCCAGGCAAAGUAUGGUUUCUGAAAGUCAGAACUUUUGGAAAGGACCAGACUGUCAUUCCUGAAUCAGCUUGUAGUAACUGUUAUCAUGUAGUACUUGUGGUAUAUGUAUCAAAAUCAUUGUCCAGAAAUUAUAAAGAACAAGUGAGAAUUUGAACUGUUUGGUUAGGCCUAGCUUGUGAAUUUUGCGAAGCACAACUAUCAUCUUGUUAGACAUUGUUUUUCAUUAUGUCCACACAAAAGCAAUGUGGGCAUGUGUUAGUUCUCCAGCUUGUUGGAGAGUAUUAUGAAACUCCAAACUACAAUAAACACCGCUAUAUGUACAUAAGCUUUGAGGACGUAGCAAUGCCUUUGUAAUACAUGCACAGAUAGACUUACAAUUGACAAUGAGGGGGAUAGUUUUGAGAUGAUUGUUGUAAACCUAAUGAUUGUCAUCUUAUCAACUGUACAUGUUGCCAGCACUGUCUCUUUUACCAACUAACCUGCAUUAAAGGUACUCAAUCAACCCCAUGGCAUUUCAUAACAAAAUUCAGGGAGUGAAAAAUCAUAGAAGCAUAGAAAGGUGCAGAAAAGCUGUUGUUUGUUUUAAUCUAGCUAGUAGUAUAUAUUUAUCAUUGUCAUUUCUCAUGAGCAAACCCUGGUGUGCGUUGUUUUUCACAGGUUGUAAACACCUUUUGUUGACAACAUGAAGAUUUCCUUAUCCAGAAAUGCGCAGAAUAUUUUUAUGUCUUUCUUAGAUAUCAAAAUGCUGUUGUACAUUUUUUGCUCAAAGUUGUCACUUUAUACAUGCUUGUAUAAGUUACUUUCACCCUGCCUGUGUACUUCAACCCAAGAACG